GGAGGGGAGGGGGCGGGCGAUGUGAAUAGGAAAAGCGGCGGAUUACAAGGCAUUGGGCAGCCCCUCAUCAUCAUGAAUGCAGGAAGAGGCUGCUGAGGGGAGCUGGGGACCAGGGCAGGAUCCCGGGGUACUAAGUGCAGAGCAUCGCUGGACCAGGCUGAGGCGCACAAUCCGGGGCAGGAACCGUGCGAGCUAUCCCGGGACGCACCGAGAAAACAUGGCUGCUUGAUAUUAAUUCCCCCUGUGUGAUUGGCCUGGAUUUACCUAUUGCCCCUCUAUAUACUGCCUGCCCCUCCUCAUACCUCUUGCCCAUGCGCUACUGACCUGGUGCCCCCGGGUAUAGAUGGUGCCCCCGGCCUUGUGACAUGCUGCCAGCUGCAGGCAUGUGUCCGGGCUGCCCCGGGGUGUCCCUCUUGCGCUCUGGGCUCCUCUAUCUGCUGCUCACAGCUCACAGCUCCCAGGGAAAGAACUGCGAGAAAAGCCCCUGCUUCUCCGGCCGCUGUGUCAACUCCACCUGCCUGUGUGACCCGGGAUGGGUGGGCGAGCAGUGCCAGCAUUGCCAGGGCAGGUUCAGGCUAACAGAUUCUUCUGGAUAUCUAACAGAUGGGCCCAUCAACUACAAAUAUAAAACUAAAUGUACAUGGCUAAUUGAAGGCUACUCAAAUGCAGUCCUAAGGUUACGAUUCAAUCAUUUUGCCACAGAAUGCAGUUGGGACCAUAUGUACGUCUACGAUGGAGAUUCAAUAUACUCACCUUUAAUUGCUGUGCUGAGUGGUCUGAUUGUUCCAGAAGCGCCUGGGAAUGAAACGGUGCCGGAGGUAGUCACCACAUCUGGAUACGCUUUACUUCACUUCUUUAGCGAUGCUGCUUACAACUUAACCGGGUUCAAUAUUUUUUACUCAAUAAAUUCCUGCCCUAACAAUUGCUCAGGACAUGGGAAAUGCACGACCAGCAGUUCCAUCCCCAGCAGGGUAUACUGUGAAUGUGACAAAUACUGGAAGGGCGAAGCCUGCGACAUUCCAUAUUGUAAAAAUAACUGUGGUAGCCCCGACCAUGGAUAUUGUGAUCUGACUGGAGAGAAGCUUUGUGUGUGCAAUGACAGCUGGCAAGGCCCAGACUGCUCUCUGAGCGUUCCAUCCACAGACUCCUACUGGAUCCUUCCCAACGUGAAGCCGUUCAGUCCGUCUGUGGGAAGAGCAUCUCACAAAGCCGUUUUGCAUGGAAAGUUUAUGUGGGUGAUUGGUGGAUAUUCCUUCAACUACAGCUCUUUCCAAAUGGUGCUAAACUACAAUGUAGAUAGCAGUAUAUGGAAUGUUGUACCGUUGUUAAGGGGGCCUCUUCAGAGAUAUGGACACUCUCUUGCUUUGUACCAGGAUGACAUCUACAUGUAUGGCGGUAAAAUUGAAACCAUUGCUGGAAAUGUAACAGAUGAGCUUUGGAUAUUUAACAUACCCAGUCAGUCUUGGAGCACUAGGACACCCAGUGUUUUGAACCAUGGUCAGCACUAUGCUGUAGAAGGACACUCUGCUCACAUCAUAGACCUGGACAACCGGGAUAUUGCCAUGAUCAUCAUUUUUGGAUAUUCGUCCGUAUAUGGCUACAUCAGCAAUGUGCAGGAAUACUACAUACGGUCCAAUGUUUGGCUAGUUCCUGAGACCAAAGGAGCCAUUGUACAAGGCGGCUAUGGACACACCAGUGUUUACGACCCAAUAACUAAAUCUAUUUAUGUGCAUGGAGGAUACAAAGCAUUGCCAGGCAACAAGUAUGGUCUUGUGGAUGAUCUAUACAGAUAUGAAGUCAACACUAGGACAUGGACGAUUUUGAAGGAGAGUGCCCAUGCCCGAUAUCUGCAUUCGGCUGUUCUCAUCAGUGGCGCCAUGCUGGUAUUUGGUGGAAAUACACAUAAUGAUACAUCUCUGAGCAAUGGUGCCAAGUGUUUUUCAGCAGACUUCCUGGCCUACGAUAUUGCUUGUGAUGAAUGGAGAGUUUUACAAAAGCCUAAUCUCCACCGUGAUGUGAACCGAUUUGGACACUCAGCUGUCGUCAGUAAUGGGUCCAUGUACGUAUUUGGUGGCUUUUCCAGUGUGCUCCUCAAUGACAUCUUAGUGUAUAAACCUCCUAGCUGUGAGGCUUUUUCCAGUGAAGAACUUUGCACUAACGCAGGUCAUGGCAUCAGCUGUUUGUGGGACCAAGAUCACUGCCUGUCAUGGGAAACCGCCCACGCCAACAAGAUCGUCUUUAAAGCAAACUGUCCUAAUAAAUCAGCUGCUGCAGAUGACCGAUGCUAUAAGAAUACCGAUUGCGCAAGCUGUACUGCCAAUACCAAUGGAUGCCAAUGGUGUGAUGACAAAAAAUGUGUGUCACUGAACAGCAACUGUAGUGUGUCCGUCAAAAACUACACAAAGUGCUAUGUCCGAAAUGAGCAGAUAUGCAACAAACUGACCAGCUGUAAGAGUUGUUCCCUCAACUUAAACUGCCAAUGGGACCAACGCCAACAGGAGUGCCAGGCUUUGCCCGAUCACUUAUGUGGAGAAGGCUGGAGCCACGUGGGAGAUGCUUGUCUGCAUAUCAACUCCAGCCGAGAUAGUUAUGACAACGCUAAGCUAUACUGUCACAAGCUCAAUGGCAAUCUCGCCUCUCUGACAAACUCCAAAGAGGUGGAUUUUGUCCUGGAUGAAAUGCAAAAGUACACAGUACAGAAACUGUCACCUUGGGUCGGUUUACGGAAAAUCAAUAUCUCAUACUGGGGAUGGGAAGAUAUGUGUCCAUUUACCAAUACCACCCUGCAGUGGCUCCCGGGAGAACCUAACGAUUCUGGAUUCUGUGCCUACUUGGAGAGACCAGAGGUGGCGGGUCUGAAGGCAAACCCAUGUACUGCCAUGGCUGACGGGCUAGUGUGCGAGAAGCCAGGGGUUAGUCCGAAUCAAAACGCAAGGUCAUGCAAGAUGCCCUGUUCCCUCCGGACCUCAUGCUCCAACUGCACAAGUAAUGGCAUGGAAUGUAUGUGGUGCAGCAACACCAAACGCUGUGUGGAUUCCAAUGCUUAUAUCAUCUCGUUCCCAUAUGGACAGUGUCUGGAGUGGCAGACGACUACCUGCUCACCCCAGAACUGCUCUGGAUUCCGCACGUGUGGUCAGUGCUUGGACCAUCCGGGUUGUGGAUGGUGUAAUGAUCCGAGUAACACAGGAAAGGGCCAUUGUGUUGAAGGAUCCUCUCGAGGACCUAUGAAGCCUCUUGGAAAACACACAAGUGAAAUGGUUCUGGACACAAGUUUGUGCCCGCGAGAAAGGAACUUUGAAUGGUCCUUUAUUCAUUGUCCAGCAUGUCAAUGUAACGGGCACAGCACAUGCAUAAACACCAAUGUGUGCGAACAGUGUAAAAACCUCACGACCGGAAAACACUGCGAAACCUGCAUGCCAGGGUACUAUGGCAACCCUACCAAUGGGGGAGAGUGUGAAGCUUGUGUAUGCAACGGGCACGCAAAUAUAUGUGAAAUGCAAACUGGAAAAUGCCACUGUACAACCAAAGGGAUCAAAGGAGAUCAGUGUCAACUAUGUGACUCAGAAAACAGAUACUUGGGUAAUCCUCUCCGUGGAACCUGCUACUACAGUCUUCUUAUUGACUACCAGUUCACGUUCAGUCUAAUUCAGGAUGACGACCGUCACCACACUGCCAUCAACUUUAUUGCCAAUCCAGAACAGUCAAAUAAGAAUUUGGAUAUUUCAAUCAAUGCGUCAAACAAUUUCAAUCUCAACAUCACUUGGUCCAUUGGUUCUACGGCUGGCACAAUAUCCGGUGAGGAAGUCCCUGUGGUCGCCAGGUCUCACAUCAAGGAAUACAGAGACAGCUUUUCCUGUGAAAAGUUCAACUUCAGAAGCAACCCCAACAUUACUUUUUAUGUCUAUGUUAGUAAUUUUUCCUGGCCCAUUAAAAUACAGAUUGCCUUCUCUCAACACAACACAAUAAUGGACCUUGUCCAGUUUUUUGUCACAUUUUUCAGCUGCUUUUUGUCCCUGUUGCUGGUCGCUGCUGUGGUUUGGAAGAUUAAACAGACCUGCUGGGCAUCCCGUCGAAGAGAGCAAUUGAUGCGGGAAAGGCAGCAGAUGGCGAGCCGUCCCUUUGCCUCAGUAGACGUAGCGCUGGAGGUUGUAGCUGAGCAAACUCAAUUUCUCCGAGGGCCUGUAGAGGGGGUCCCAAAACCUAUAGCCAUAGAACCCUGUUCAGGAAACAAAGCUGCUGUUCUUACGGUCUUUCUCUGUCUGCCAAGAGGAUUAGCGGGCGUCCCUCCUCCUGGCCAAUCAGGCCUUGCAAUUGCCAGUGCGUUAAUAGACAUAUCACAACAAAAGCCUAUGGACUGUAAGGAUAAAAGUUCAUGCAUUCGAAAUCGAAAGCCACACCCUCCAACCAGACAAGGAACUUGUGUCUGAGACAGCCAACAGACUGGACAUUUUUGUCAAUAUUUUUUUUCCUGAAAUGGCUUCCAUUGAAAGUUCUUCUAUGUCUUUACCAAUUAUGGAGGUCCAUGAACAGAUGGAGAAACUGGGUGUGAAUCGCAUUCCGAUCUCAAUCUCUGUGAUGUGCCAGGAGUCAAAACGUGUGGAGAAACCAGUGGCCCUUCAUAGAUGUUUUGGAGGAAACAAAUACUUGGAGCUAUUUACAACUUGAAUCUGGAAAACACAUUUAUAUUGGUAUUGGAAGACUGCGGAAAUGCUUAAAAAUGUUUAAGGACAUCCUAGGAAUAUUGUUGACUUGUAAAUAUCAUGGGAAAACUGAAUCCCUCAAAUACGGGUUUUCCAAAUGUAUGUAACAGUCAUAUGAAGCAUGUGCUUGAAUCUUUAAUGAUUAAGGACAUCUGUAGACAUAUCAGAGGUUUUCAACCUUACAUUGAGGGAAACCUUGAAAAAUAGUCACCAGUUAGAUAUUUGUAUUGAAACUUUGCUUGGAUCUAAAAAAAGGGACAUAACCAUAAUGUCAUACGUAUAAAGUAGUGAUCAAAAAAGCUUAACUGUAAAAAAAUUAAAUAAAUACAAUGAAUAAAUAUACACACAUAUAUUUAUAUCUUUGCCCGUUAUGCAGACCCCUUGUUUUGGGCGCAAAUAAUUUAUAAGCCACUUCCCCAAAGAAACUUGGUAGAAAAGGUCCGUAAAUAAUGUAGAGAAUAACCACUAUACUUUAUUACUAAGUAGAUGGUUCUACAGUCAUAGAACCAACAGCAUUACUUAGCUAGAGAGGACUUAUACACUGACCAUGGCAUGAGAUUGGUAUGUAAGCUCCAGCUGAAGUGAAAUGUAUCAUAACUUAUACAGUAUUAUGUUGGGUUGUUUUUUUUUUUUUUGUUAUUUAAAACUCUAAUCAAUUUAUGGUAAGUUAUAUGAGCUCUGAAGUAGUUGGGCAUCUUCAAAUACCUAUUGGGUGCGUUAAGUAUCUCAUUCCGUUGGUUCUAAAUAUAUAUGUACAUCCCCCAUUAAUCUUUAUCCGUCAUAGAUAUGGGUUCCAUCCCUCAUACAAUCUGCUCAGCUAAGCGCAAAUACAAUCUUUUUAAAGCAACAUAAUUGCUUGUUGUUACUUCAAAUAUACAUUGCAAUGUGUCAUAAAACAGAAAUCAUAUAUUUAAUUAUAACAGUUUAUAUAAGAUUUGAAUGAUAAAUGCCAGUAUGUGAUCUGAUAUCAGAAACAAUUUAACAGGUUUUUGCUCAUUCCACAUAGAUCUGUUGAUCAGUUAUAAACAUCUCUUUAUCAAACACCUCUUUUUAACUAUAUAUAAUUGUAUAAUUGUAUAUGGUCACAGAACUACAAGGUGUGUUAGAUACUGUAUCAUCCAUAUACUAAUCAACUGAUAGAAUACAAUAUCAUGUAGCCAAACAAAAUGUAUCUGUCAAUUUCCAUUGUUUUCUUAAUGGUACAUAUCGUAGAUGCACUGUUUAUACAUGCCAAUGUUAUGAAAGAGCGGAAUCAAUUAUCAGUGAACGCAAACUGAGAUAUAUCUUUAAUAUCAAUAAAGAGUAAUUUUCAAAGGCAUGAAAAGAAGAUAAAUGAUGUUUUGCUAUUAUAUCUCUGUUAUGUUUAUUUUUUAUUCCCCCAAAGGGAUGUAAUUUUUUUUACUGUUUACAUUGGAUUUUGUAAGUGAAUGCAUGUCAAGGUGGUGCAAUGGAGUAAUAUAUUUUGUUUAUUUUUUUAUUUUUUUUUCCAUUUAAGUGUUUUAUUUUGUAAUUUAGUUAAAAUAUGAAAUAUUCAGCUUUAUUUGGCUGAAAACAAAAAUGUACAAAAGUAUAUAUAUAUAAAACAUAAUGUACAGUUUGUAACUACGUCAUAUACAGGAUUCAAUGUUGCAUUUUGUUUCAGAAUGCAACACUAUUAAAAUGUGUUUUUAUGGGUUAAACAUAUGCAUUUCCUGAUGUCAGGCAGAACGGUUUUUAUUAGGUGGAGACACAUUUUGGUACACUGUCACAUAAAAUUUGACUGGGAAUUUUACCAAAUGUCUUAGAUUAUAACAUUUAAAAAAAAUGAAGAAAACAUUCACAAAAUAAACAACCUUUUAAGUCUGA